UAAAUUACCACCAGCACUAUCACCAGUAACAAUAAUCUUAUUGGGAAUUAUACCAAAUGUUUUUUCAGAAUAUUUUAUUAUCCAAUUAUAAGCUUGCCAACAAUCAUCUAAAGGUAUUGGAUAAGGAUAUUAUGGAGAUAGACUAUAAUCAAUAGAAAAGAUGGGAACAUUUAAAUUGAUAGCCCAAUCUCUAGUAUAACAUUAAUGACUUGAUGAAGAUUAUGAGAUAAAACCACCUCCAUGAAUAUGAAUGAUAAUCUUAUCUUCAAAAGUAUUGUUUUGUUUUAUGAAGAAUGAUUUUAGAAAACUAAAAAUAUUAUCCUUUUCCAUCACACGUUAGUUGUACAAUAAUCUAAUUCUAAUUCUAGCUUGAUUUUUAACAAAUAAGAAUUUGUCAUCUCUGUGGAUUUCUUGAUUUACAUAUUCAAUUGGAUGAGUAGAGAUUUGAUCAUAAAUACCUUAUUUAAUUUAUUUGUUGGCUUCUUGAAUUGUGAGUGGCAAAACAACUGGCAAUAUAUAAAAUUUUAAGUUUGUAGCAAUUUUAGGUAAUCCCAAAUUAAUUAAAUGUUUGACUCCUGGUAAUUCAAUAAAAUUCAUAGCCUAGUGUGCAGUAUCAGCCCUUAAUUAACUCAUAUGAUCUUUCAUUCCUUUUUCUGCAGCAGAACUUGAUAAAAAAUAAUAUAGAGAAUUCAGACUGACUGAAAAUAUUUUACCCCAUCUACUUGAAUUCUUCUUACAAUCAUUAACUAAAGCAUGACCAACCAUAACAGAUUAUAC